AUGGAAAGAGAUUUUUGCAUACAAGAAGGCUUUGCUGUGACAGUAGACUAUGCUGAAAAUUAUAGAUAUACUGCAAGGUGUCUAAUGAAUGAUUGCAGUUGGAGGAUUCAUGCAGCAGUCCUUGUUGAUAAAGUCAGCUGGGCAAUAAAGAUAUUGGAAGGGGAACAUAAAACUUGUGGGAGGCUGGAAGAGAAUCCUAUGGUCUCUUCAGCAUGGCUUUGUAGACAUUUGAGGCCAGAUCUGGAAGCAAACCCAGAAAUCCCAAUUGAUGCACUGCAAAGGAUGUGCCUGGAAAGGUUUAGGAUCCAAGUGAAGCUCAGGCUGUUUUACAAAGUCAAGUGUUUGGCCAGGGACCAAAUUCAUGGUGGUUUUGCCCAGUCUAAUGCUCUCUUACCAAAAUAUGCUGAGAUAAUAAAGGCCACCAAUCCUGGCUCAUAUGCUCUCAUUACUUGGACUGACAGUGGGGGCAAUGGUGAAAAGUUCAAGGCAUGCUUCAUCUCUUUUGCAGCUCAGGUUAAAGGGUUCUUGGGUGGCCGCAGACCCAUUAUAGGGAUUGAUGGUGCCCAUCUCAGUGGCUAUUACAAAGGAUUCAUGCUCACUGCAGUGUCAAUUGAUGGCAAUAAUGAGAUUUUUGUGAUAGCUUAUGGUCUGGUUGAUACAGAGAGUAUAGACAACUGGACUUACUUUUUCAGAAACCUAAGGCUAUUAUUUGCACAAUAUGGAUCACAAAGGGAUGACGGGACUUUUAUAAGUGACAGGAUGAGGGGUGUUGAAUCAGCCCUUUUUGAUGUAUUCCCAAGAGCAACUAGGAGGGUAUGCUGUCAGCAUGUGUACUCUAACUGCAAAACAGUUGGGUGGAGUGGGACAGAGUUUCAUAAACUCUUUUGGAUUGCAGCCAAUGCAUACAAUGCAUAUAUGUAUGACAAGGCAAUGUCAAAGAUCAAGAAUUAUGAUGCAGCAGCAUUUGAUUACCUUACAGCUAUUGAAGAGCAAUGGAGUAGGUACAAGUUUGAAGACAAACAGCUACCAAUUCAGCUUGCACAUUAA